AAUUUAUUCAAUUCAUACACCUUAAACCAAAUUCAAGCUAAUUUGAUUCAAAACAUGGAAAUUGGGUCACUAUUGCCUAACUCAAUCUACGGUGGCAUGAAGAAAUACUGGAGAAGGCGGCACUACCAGCAUCUCAACCGCGAUGCUCCCACCGGCAGGAAGAAGAUGAAUAUCAUAAGGUUGAAAGGAAAUCCACGUAAGUUUUGGAGGAUUAGAGCAAUUCCAAAACUGAGAUGGGUGAUGAGGUCGCUAUUGAAGACGGUGGCAAAGGUCAAGAAUGGUUAUAUGAACUUCAUGUUGAGGUUGGCGGGUAAAGUAGGUGCCUUGAAAACUGAUAGCUUCUUGGGUAGUGUGAAACGGAUUCCAAAAGCUCGUCAAGUGUCUAAGGUUUAUUCUGGGGAUGCAUUUGAGGCUAGACUCAUAUUUGAGAUAUCUAAGACCUUGGUUGCUUCUAAUGAACUAAAAACCAUGUAGUAAUUGUAAUUUUGUAAUUGUCUUCUUUCUCCUUUAAUUUUUUAUGUGUUUUUCUUUCUUCUUCUUUGUCAUUGUAUUUUGUAAGAACUCUUCAUCAUUGAUUCACUUAAGCAAUUCGAACAAUAUUGUUACUUGUUCUCAGAAGAAAAAAAUCUUGUUAUUGUUGGUCAAA